AACUCCACCGCUGGACGAAACCAACGGGAUGUUGUUGGGAACUCAACAAAGCGUACGAGUAGAGAUAUCUGCGCUUAGCACGGCAGUGGGAGGGCUUGAAUGUGACAGGACUAAACGUGACAUCUUUUAUCUCGCUGGAAUUUUUUCUCCUGACACGCCGGAAACAUUUCACGCAAACGGAGCGAGUGUUUGCCGCUGGCAGCGCGCGCUGUCAUUGUUGUAUCUUCUCUGCAUCGAGCAGGUCGCGGAUGCUGCACGGACGGACAUUUAUUCAGCGAAAAAAGACGUAAAAUAGAUCUUCCGGACGGCCCGUUAACCGAGUAACUGAUGCUCCGCGCCGGCAGGAUGGACGAGUUUGUGACCGAGGAGGAAGAGCCGUGGUACGACCAGAGAGACCUGGAGCAAGAUCUGCAUUUGGCAGCUGAACUGGGUAAAACCCUCCUGGAGAGAAAUAAAGAGCUGGAGGACUCACUGCAGCAGAUGUACAUCAACAAUGAAGAGCAGGUGCAGGAGAUCGAGUAUUUGACCAAGCAGAUGGAGAUGUUGCGUGAGAUGAACGAGCAGCAUGCUAAAGUGUACGAGCAGUUGGACGUGACGGCUCGAGAGCUGGAGAUAACCAAUGAGAAACUGGUGCUGGAGAGCAAAGGAUCUCAGCAGAAGAUUGACAGAUUGACGGCCACUAUGGAGAUGCUGCAGGGGCAGGUGGACACGCUCACGGCUCGCGUGGAGGAAUUACGCACGCUGGAGGAGCUCCGAGUUCGCAGAGAAAAGAAAGAGAGGAGAAAAACUGUUCACUCUUUCCCCUGCCUGAAAGAACUCUGCACUGCUCCCAGGUAUGAGGACAGUUUCACGGUGUCUGACCCGGGCAGCGGUGACCUAGAGGAAGAAUGUCAAACAGAGGACGAAGAAAACGAACACCUGCGAGUUAUGGUGUCAUCUCUACGCGCAGCCGUGGCAGCAGAGCGAGGUCGGCGUGAAGCCGCCGAGCGGGAAUGUUCUGCGGUCAUACAGGAGUUUGAGCGUUUGGAACAGCGCCUCCAAGGGGAGGAAAACUGCCAGCGGCGCGUGCACGAGCUGGAGGCGGAGCUCCAGGAGAUGCAGCAGCUACGCAAAUCCCGCGUUUGCCUGCUGAGCGGAGACGAGGGGCUGGAGCAAACCCUACUCAACAGCGCCCCCGAGACAGACACGCCAGAGGAUGCCGCUAUGGGCGGAACGCAGAACAGCGACGCAGCGGAUCCGGCGCCCGUCCGGAAGAGCUGCAGCGAUACGGCUCUGGAUGCCAUUUCUGCAGUGGACGCCUCGGGCAGGCGUAAAGGUAGCUACGCGCUACACGCCAACGGCGUGCGGAAGAGGGGCAUGUCCAUCCUGCGGGAGGUGGAUGAGCAGUACCACGCCCUCCUGGAGAAGUACGAGGAGCUGCUGGGGAAAUGCAGGCGUCACGAGGAGAGUCUGUGCCACGCUGAAGUGCAGACCUCUCGACCCGUCUCCAGGGACCCAUCUAUGAAGGAAUGCCGGGCGGCAGAGCCCCAGCAACCGCCCACUCCGCCCCAGACGCCCUCAACCCCGGAGGCCCUGGAGGGCAUCAGCCGACAGGUGGAGGCUGUGGACAAGCGGAUCAGCCAGAACACUCCCGAGUACAAAGCGCUCUUCAAGGAGAUCUUUUCCCGCUUGCAGAGGACCAAGGGUGACAUUAAGCCCAGCAAAGGGAGAAAAAGUGAAAAAUAGCCCUUUUUCUGCUCCUAAUGGCUGUGCCACUGAUUAUUUUCUUCUCAUUUAUGUCUUCAGUUUUCAAAGCCUCGCGGAGAUGACGAUACUAUGUAAAAUAGCUGAUCAGGUGUUUUCCUGAAUGAUGCGGCGCCGAGACACAGGCACUUUCUGUUAACAGGAAAUGUGUCUCGUGUUGGUUUGUGAGGUUUGGCCUUUUAGGAUAAAUCAUAUACUCACUCUUGGUUACUGUAACCAUGUUCAUCCACAGGUAUAUCAGGCAAGUGAUGCUCAUUUUUGCUUUUUCACAAUCUUAUCACAUGUAUGACACUAUCAUGAAUAACCAUAGCAUUGUGUAACCACUUUAAUUCAAUAUUAAAUCACACUUUGCUUUAUAAGAGCGUUUGAUAUAUUUAUUACCUCGAUGAUAAUGAACGAAUGAAUACAGGGUCAGGUUGGACAUGUUCUGCUUUAGGGUCGUGUCUAGAUGGUAAACCACUUUCUGUGAAGAGACGUGACCACAACACCAGGGAACUGUACCCCAAAGCAAUGCAAUCAGGCUUUGUUGGUACCGUGAAGCAGCUCGUCACCUUUCUUUGUCAAUUUGAGCUUUAAUCCUGAAGCUGAGAGUAAUCCACGUGCACGUGAACGAGUCCUGUCAUAGAUCAGAGAAGAUUGUAUUGAAUUUUGAAGUUUGACUUUUUCACAUUAUAUUUAGUUAAAGUGUUCUGUAUACGGUUCCCCAUUUGCUUUACCUUCCUCAAAGCACCGACACGCAAUGAUCUAAGCAUUACAGCAUAAAAUGAAACGUAUUGAGGAUUUUAAAGGUGUCAUAUGACACGGCUAAAAUGAAUAUUAUGGUUUGUUUUAGAUGUAAUGUAAUGUGUAUACACGAUUUAAGGUUAAAAAACGCUGUAUUUUCCACAUACCGUGCAAGUUUGUAUCUCCUCUUUGCCCCGCCUCUCUGAAACGUGCAGAUUUUUACAAAGUUCAUCGCUCUGAAAAGCGAGGUGUGCUAUGAUUGGCCAGUUAACCAGUGCGCAGUGAUUGGUCGAAUACUGCAAGCGUGUGAGGGAAAUGUAACGCCUCUUACCAUAUUUGGAACAUCAGGUUCCAAAGCAAUUGUACUGACAGGUACACCCACCUUACUUGCGUAUACAUUUGGGCGGUCUUAGUCAGAUCAUACCAGGAACUGAUGUAGAUUUGUGGGGGUGUGGUUACACGAGGCGUUUCAGGCAGGUCUGGGUGAGCAUUCGCUUUUAGGUAGAAUGCAUCUUUUGUUCCAACACUUUAAUUUUUGCAAUUUUACGUGUCUAAUACAUGCAUGGGCAACUUAUAACACACCAAAGACACAGAAAAACACAUUCGAUACAUAUGACCCCUUUAAUAUGUACUGUAUGAUAAUAUUAUUUAGUUGCUCUCCAGGUAAAACUUGCUUUUACAAAAAAAAGGCUUAAAUUGGCAGUCUAAAAGUUAAUGUGAUGUCACGUGUUGAUGUAUCUAGGCCUUUAUCUUAGCUGUUUAAUAGAAGGCUUCUUUAGUGGACAAAGAUAAAUGUCCAGCUAACACAGAUUAUGUGGUGAAAAUGACGCAACACAAAUAAAUACGUGCUGUAAGUAGUAAUUUAAAUGCAUGGAAAAUACAUUUCAUGCAAAUAUAAGGGACAGAAUAAGAAAGGUUUUAACUUUAGUAACAACAGUAUUUAUUUUAUAUUUCUAAAAAUAUAUUAUGUUUUUUGUCUUAUUUUUUUAUAACACAUUAGAAAGAACUAGCCAUUGCAACACACACUGUGAAUUAGUUGCGUUAUUUAUAAACUUGCUGGCAGCUGAUUGGUUCAGUUUCAGUGUGAGAUCCCUAAUCUACAUCAAAACCUGCUCCGGAGCAGCGUCAAUUACCAUGACGAUGAACACCUAUUAAAGCUGAGCUACUUUCAUGGUACCUAAAACCCAGGGUUGGUUCAAACUAAUCCUAAACUUACCUGGCUAGCCACCUAAACUGGCUUCAUGGUACAGGCCCCGGGUCUCAACUAUAGCUGGCACACCCACUCACAAUCUGAUGCGUGAUUGGACAACACACGCAGGAAGUGUACACAAAUAUUUCAGUGUGUGUGACGCGUCAGAAACCUUUAUUUUAACGCAUUAAAAUAAAGUUUCACAAACAAUGUGGUUUGCCAUUGCAAACUAAAAGAACAAUGGGACGGCAUCAUGUCGAUAAAUGGAAGACAAAAGAAGCAUGACGUCUGUUCUGAACACUUUUAAUGUUGACAGGUGAACAGUAAUCUCCAGCUAUCAGAGAUAAGUACACAGAAAAAGCAAACAAAAGAAGACAGAAGCGUUUUAGACCAGCGCAUCAGGCUCUUACCCUAACGGGCAAUGUUGCUAAAGAAAAGUGUGUAUGAAACAGUACAGUGAUGCAUUGAGCGCUACACCGAGACUGGAACUGAAAGGUGCACCCUUAAGCCGUCGCCCUACACAAGCACCUAUUUAGAGUUCUAUUGUCCUUUAGCUUUUACACACCUCAAGCAGCUCGUGGUUGUCAAUACUGGAGGCACAGUCAGUGUAGUUCGACAUUUGUUUCAGUUAAGUCCUUCAAUACUUGAGGUCCGUGAGCGAAAAGCCCUUUUCCGCUUUAAAAAACUUCCUAGAGCGAGUCGGCAGCUCACAUUCACCACGAGCAAACCACCAGUCGUCUUUGGAAAGCGGCAGGUUUGUGCGCAAGCGUGGAUCUGUCGGAGGUACGAUAAUGUGGGCGGGGCAACAAGGUUCAACUUCUACUGGCCAUCUUGAAUCGAAGGCUGCAGACAAGACCGCCAGUACCCUUGAGGGAGCAGGAAUUUGGGUUUCAACCUAGUUGCGUUAAAAAAUGUCUUGCUACGGAAUUAAAUUUUAAGGCCACAUGAAACGGUUCAAUGGAAAAACCCUGCGACAUUAAAGCAGGGCAAGGCGGAUUUUUAGGACGGCUCCCCUAGUGGUCAGGACAUCACGUCCCGCUAACCCUACAUAACUAACGCAAUGUGUGGACAUGCACGCAUACAUACCGAGAGACAAGUAAAGACCUGCUCUACCACAUCGCUUACAUUUCUACAGUUAUACAACACGACCAUCUAUCUGUACAACAGCUCAUCUCAAAGGCAUCGGACACGUUCCCUCCGGGCGAAGGCAUACUUGAGGGAAUGCCGGCGGUGGCUAAAUAUCACCAAGCGGCACCUGCUCCCAUUACACUUAUAAAGGCAGAACAUGGUUUUAAUAAGAAAACAAAGGAAUGUCAGAAACUGGGAUGGGAUGAUGAGACACAGGAAGAGGACAGGAACAGUGAAGAUUACUAAUAACCAUGUCACAAGCAUCCAUGAGAUAUUUUUCAAGAUUUUUUUUCUUCCGUUUUUACUUUUAUAUACAAACAAACCAAAACACAAAAUAUGGAUUGUGCACGUUUUUGUUUGUUUUCACAUAUAUAUAUUUCAUGAAAAGCCUCAAUACUCAUUGGAAGGGAAAGGAACUGGAAUAUAGAGGGAGAGAUGAAAACUGCAGGAAAGUGGACGGAGUGAGAAAGAUCCUUUUCCAUUAAAUCAGUUAAGCAGUU